AUGAAAAAGGCCAAUGACUUCAAACUAAACAAAUUAUCCAAAGAAGACUUGUCCAAAAGAGACGUGUUUGGACGUACCAUACUUCAUAUCACAAUUUUACUAAAUGACACCACUGCAUUACGAGCUCUAACGAAAAAUUCCAAUUUCAAACUGAUUUUGCAAUUACUUGAUUACGAAAAUGGAUGGAAUUGCAUGCACUAUAUAGUAUUCAACAAAAGGAUUCAUUGUUUUUCCGUGUUGAUCCGUUUUUUCCAAAAUUCUUGUGUACUAAACCUUUUCCAGCCUAAUGGACCGUUUAUCGAACUAUUAAAGUGUAAGGAUAGAAACGGGUUGACUCCUAUGCAAUUGUUGGAUGUUAAAGAGCUUAAAAAUUUGUAUAUCGGUGUUGACGAUAACUUUCAUGUGAUGAAGAGCACUUUUAAAGCAUCAUCAAAUGAGCUUGAAGAGGAGGAGGAGGAGGAGGAGGAGGAGGAGGAGGAGGAGGAGGAGGAAAAUGAUGAUAAUGAUGAUAAUGUUAUUGGAAGGCAAGCUCAACAAAAGAAAUUAUUUCACACUGGAAGAUCGGAUGUGUAUGUCUUUGGAAGAAACACUAGCAACCAACUUGGUCUCGAUGAUGCAAAAGAUAGAUCUAUCCCAUCUAAGCUACCUCGCGACACAUUUUUGGAAAAAGUUUACUCGCAAAAACCCUUGAACAAAAUACUUGAAAAACCCAAGUACAAGGAUAUUUGGAUUACGAAGCAUCAUGCAAUUAUAUUACUUCAAAAUGGUAAAAUAUUCUCAUGUGGCAAGGGAUUCCGUGGUAUUCUUGGUCAUGGUAACGAAAGAAGUCAUGCUCAUUUUUCAAGUAUUGAAUUCUUUAAUGAUUACGAAUCAAGGCGUGUUAAAGAAGUGGCCGUGUCCAAUAAUCAUUCCAUUGCACUAACAGAAGCCAAUGAAGUUUACGCUUGGGGUCUAAACAGUUUUAACCAACUUGGAGUCAAUUCUUCUAAAAAGAUGAAAAAUUAUUUAGAAGAUUUCAUUCCAACACCUGUGUUGGUUUCAGGUGAGUUACGUAAACAAGGAGAAAAAUUGUUAGGAGUUGCUGUUUCAAAGAUCCAUUCUGUAGCCUGGUCUCAAAAUCUGCUUUACUUUUGGGGCUUGAAUGUUGGACAAAUGGGUAUUUCUUGCUUUACUGGAGAUAUAGAAAUCAAACUAAACAAUCAAUCUUGGAAAGGCGAGGUCCAACCAAAUCCGAAAAUGAUGAGACUUCGAGACGAUAUCAAAUUUGUAAGCACCUCGGAGCUUUGUACUUGCAUUGUGACCACUUUAAACGAUAUUCAUCUUUAUUACAAUUACCAACACUAUAAACUUCCCAAGAUUAAAGUUUUCAAAGAUCUGGAGUUUGAUUUAUUUAAACCACGGAGACUCACUGAAGCAACAGUUAUCAAAAAGAUAGUGUCACGAGGACCAGAAAAUACCAUUGUUUUGUUAAGCAGUGGCACAGUGUUGGGGUUAAAUCUCAACCUAACCGAUAUCAAGAGCACUAAAUACACAGCUAUUUGGAAACCGCAAUCCAAGGAUAUGAUUGCAAUGGAUGUAGACAUUGCAGCUGAUUCUUCUGUGGUUCUUUGUACACGAAUUGGUUCUGUUUUUUUGAAAUCAUCAUCAUCAUCAUCAUCAUCAACAACAACAACAUCAUCAUCAUCAUCAUCAUAUUCAUCAACGCAAUUAUCUACAACAUCAUCAUUAUCAUCUUCAUCUAGUCAGCGUAAUAAUUCAAUUAGUGGAAUCACAUUGCCCAUCCCUGUAAGCAAGAACAAAUUCAAAAAAAUCGAGAGUUUGAAUAGAAUAGUACAGGUUAAAUGUGAUUUGCAGUUUGCUUCCUUUGGAUUUAUUAGAAGUGAUGUGGGCAUUGUGCCUGUUGAGCUUUGGCAGAAUGAUUUUUUGGAGGAUAUAAUGUAUCUAUCACCGUUAAAAAAUGAGAUUAAUUUACACCGUAAACAACAGCAGUUGAUUGAAUCAAAAGGGCAUACUUAUAUCACCACUUUUUCUCAGCUAGAAAAUUGUGAAUCAAGUGGCAAUUCAAAACAAACGGUGUCUUCGACGAUAAUGACACCGUUUUUGGAUGAAGACAUCUUGAAUGAAAAGGGGUUUGAUGCUUUUGUUGUAGCAAAAAAUGGCUUGAAAAUUGGAUUUCACACGGAUAUCCUAAAACACAAGUCGAAAAAUUUCGACCUGUUACUUUCAGGAGUGGGAGAUAUCAUAGCUGGAGACAAUUUUAAAGCUCAAUGGUUACCAAAGGAGUCACAGCUUAAGAUUUUAUCCAAUACUCAGACACAGGCUCUUUUAUGGUUUAUUCACUCAUUAUAUGACGCAACUUUUAAAGCGGAAAGAACACCAGAAACCAAACGCAUUUGCGAAGAAUAUUCUGAGAUCUGCUCUCUAUUUCAUUUGAAGAAAGAUGAAACACUAGUAAAUGGGUUGUUAGAAGGCGGAGGAGAUGUUCAGUUCAAGUUAAAAGAUGGCGGUGUAAUACAUGGUUACUCAUACAUUUUAACAGCAAGGUCUGCUUUCUUUGAAACUAUUUUAUCCGAGAGAUGGAGGAACAAAAGCGAUUCUUUUAUUCUUGACUUUAGUGGUUUGACAGUAAAUCAAAUGAAGUUAAUUUUGCUGCACAUCUACGGUAUUGGAAAUGACCAGAUUAUUAACAAUUUUUUUGAUCUUGUCUUUGACAGUGAUGUGAACGAAAUUGAGAUUAUCAACGAGGUUUUAGAAAUGAUUGAGAUUGCCGAUGAGCUAUUACUAUUCCAAUUAAAAUCGGUGUUUGAGCUUGUGCUCUGUGACAUGAUUUAUCUAGACAAUGCCUUGAUUUUACUUAUGCAUGCUGAUGAUUUGUCGGCAUCAAAGUUGUUUAUGAAUUGUUGCUGGUAUGUUUAUAACAAUUUGGAAGUGCUUUUUUAUGAUUCUGUAUUAUUGGAGCUAUCGUCAGAUGUUGUUACAAAAUUGGAAAGGCAAUGUGCACUUUUUGAGGACAUGGCCAAAACAACUACAACAACAACAACAACAACAACAACUAUUAAAAGUAAUAUUCUACCCUCUAAAGGGGCUUCUUUACAGUCAGAAAAAGAUGCCAAGUGUCAUUAUGGUGAUGGUGGUGCUAGCAACUUUGAAAACCCAAGUGUGAAGCUAUUCUUGGAGAAUUUGAAAGAAUUUAACGAAGUAUAUAUGAGCGAUCGAAAAGGGUUUGCUUCGUUUGAACCAUUAGUUGAUAGUAGAUUGGAAGUAAAAUCAAAGGAACCAGGCAAGAGGAGAAAACCAAGGAAGAGUUCCAAUUCUUCUAUGAACUUGGAAAUCAAAAAUUUCAGAGAAAACUUGACAAUAGACAAAAAUGGCGAGUCCUCACAUCAACCCUCAGUUAACAAGCAAACGACGUCAACAAACAGUUUCAGUUUCAGAUUACGAACCAAUGAUGCAGAAUCUAAAAGUCCACUGCCACUUCAAGUUCCAGAACUUUUAUUGGAUACACCAACCUUGGCAUCUCGAGCUCCUUUGACUCCUUCUUUACCCCCCAAGUUAUCAAUAUUGUCAUCUGAAACGAAUUUAGAAGAUACGAAACGAUACAAGGCAAAGAUAGGUCCGCAUAUAAAGCUAUCACAAAAGGAGAGAAAGAAGUUGGCAUUGACAGCAGCAAAAGAGACCAAGACUGUGGAGGAGCCUAAGUCUAGUACUAAUUUAGCGCCAUGGGCAAAUACCAUUAUUGAAUGUACUCAAGAGAAUAUAAUGAUAAUAGAUUCCAAAUUCCCAGCACUUGGUAUUAAAAAUGACAAGAAGAAAGAGGCACUACCGCCAAGCUCUUCCAAGUCCAAUAGUCCAUCAGCUCUACCGAUGAACUCAUCAAGCUCAUCCAUAUCGAGUAUUUAUUCAAUAACACCAUCAUUAACGGAGGUCAAGGAAACCAAGUCGUUAUCGGAGAUAAAACAGGAACAAGAAUUUGACAAGUGGUGGCAAGAAGAGUCUAAAAGAGUACAAAGAGAGAUGGGUAUUAUAACCGAUUCGAAACAAAAAGUUGUCAAGGUAUCUCCACCGAGUGCCCAGAGUAAAACUUUGAAUUCUCGUGCAAAGCAGAACAAAAGAGUUAAGAAGCAUGCAAGCAAGUCCAAUUAG